CUUUCUGAACUCCCCCCACAAGCCACAGACAGCGUGGAGAGUGAGAGAGGCCAAAACAAGAGGGAGAAUCACCCAACAGAGGCAGAGAAGGUGUUAAAGCAUGCCAGCGUACGCCACCAACAUGAGGCUCAAGUUCCCUAUUUUGGCCUUGAUACUGGAAGCCGUGACCAUUGUCCUGUAUGCUCUCUUUGUGGUUUAUGACACCGGUGAUGCUCAUGAUGGGAGUCAUCAUGCAGAAAAUAAAACUCAUUCAGGUGGUCCAAUGGCCCUCUAUCCCAUGUUUCAGGAUGUACAUGUGAUGAUCUUCAUUGGCUUUGGUUUCUUGAUGACCUUCCUAAAGAGAUAUGGAUUUAGCAGUGUGGGCAUCAACCUGUUGCUGGCUGCCUUUGGCUUGCAGUGGGGUCUUCUCCUCCAGAACAUGUGGCAUAUGCAUGAUGGAAAAAUAAAAGUCAAAAUUGAGAGCAUGAUUAAUGCUGACUUCAGUACAGCAACGGUUCUGAUCUCGUUUGGAGCGGUAUUGGGGAAAACCAGCCCUGUCCAGCUUCUUAUCAUGACCUUGUUGGAGAUCACCGUCUUCUGCAUCAAUGAGCAUUUGGUUGUGGGACUUCUUAAGGUUUCUGAUGUUGGUGCCUCCAUGACCAUCCAUGCUUUUGGGGCUUACUUUGGAUUAGCUGUGGCUCGUGUUCUUUAUCGCCCUGGUCUUCGGAAUGGCCAUGAGAAUAAUGGAUCAGUCUAUCACUCAGACUUGUUUGCAAUGAUCGGCACAGUCUACCUGUGGAUGUUUUGGCCCAGCUUUAAUUCUGCUAUUGCUGAAACUGGGGAUGCUCAGCUAAGAGCUGUUAUCAACACAUAUUUCUCUCUGGCUGCUUGUGCUCUCGCUGCCUAUGCUACCUCCAGUCUGGUGGAGAAGAAGGGGAAACUUGACAUGGUUCACAUCCAGAAUGCCACACUGGCUGGAGGAGUUGCCGUUGGUACCUGCGCCGACAUGGACAUCCAACCAUUCGGAGCAAUGCUGAUCGGAAUCACUGCAGGCAUUAUCUCCACUGUUGGCUUUAAGUUCCUCACUCCCAUACUCGACUCCAAACUCGGAAUCCAAGACACCUGUGGCGUGCAUAACCUUCACGGCAUGCCGGGCAUCCUAGGGGGUCUUGCUGGCAUUGUGGCGGCAGCCCUGAAUAAGAAAGAAAAGACUACAGCAGCUUAUCAGGCAGCGGGUUUGGCAUCUUCUCUGGGGUUUGCUUUGGUGGGUGGGUUGAUCACAGGUCUGAUUAUGAAGAUUCCAUUUUGGGGACAGCCACCUGACCAAAACUGCUUCGAUGACUCAAUCUUCUGGGAGUUACCUGAGGAAGAGGAAGAAACCGAAGAGCGUUUGGCUCAUGGCGAUUAUUCCCCGAACAAAGCAGAGGCUUAAAGCUCUGCUUCAAACCAACUUCACAAAACAUGAGACCCGGUCCAAUAAGCACCUCAGGAGCUUUCCAACCAUCAGCAUCUAUACCUCCUACUAAAAUCUUUAACAGAAAACUCACCAUAAGCUUGAAGAGAUGUCAUGUAUUCUUUUGUGAGGGGCCUUUUCUAAAUUCAUGUAGCUAAAAUUUAAAAACAUGCAAUUCAUAUUAUUACACUGAUAAUGGUCUCUAAAACCUUCUAAGAGUAGGCAUUAUAUAAUGAAAUGUAAUAUGGUUAAAAGUAUAUUACCAAAAAGUUACUGAGUUAACUCUAAGUACGGGUCAGUUAUUAUUGUCAUCUGCUGAACUGCACUUAGCAGACACUGACUGACUAGUUACUCACUGUAACAUGCCAAAAAAUCUGAGCCAAUGUGAGUCUUCCUUAAGUGCCUUUUAUCAAAGUAGUUCAUUUUGCUCUGAAUAAGCUUUUUUUUUUUUUUUUUUAAUUUCUACAGACCCAAUUGUUAUCAUCACUAGAUUUGUAUUUUGACCAAUGCUUUCAUUUUUUUUACAAUCAUGCCAAUCAUCCAAAGAGAGAUCCUUUAACUUUCUUUUAACAAUUAUAAUUGCUUAUUAUUGUGAUCAGUAACAACCCUUUAUGCAAUGAUAUAAGAAGUAUUUAAAACUAUUGUAUCCUGAAAAACUAACAAAUAUAUUGUUGACUUUUAUAUUUUCCACAUAAUUUCUAAUCAUUUAAUAUGAACUCAGGCAAACAGUGGCCCCAAAAAGUAUUUAAAAACUCACAGAAAAUAGUCCCUUUUAAAAUUUUAUAUAAAACAUCAUAAAAUAUUUUUUUUUAAAAAAGCGGCAUGUAUUGAAGAAAGUAUCCAAAGGACUAAACUAACACUCGGACCAACUGAUUAAAAUGAAUGGCAUAAAUGACUAAGAAAUGUGAAGUUAAUUCUAAAGGGAAAAGUUCUAGCAUCAUUUGUCUGCAGUGUAGUGUCCAAAUACAUUUUGGGGCCACUGUACAUUAUAUCUUUGAAAUUUCAUCUUUUUGUCAGGAUUAUUGUAAAACUAUGAUGUCAUCCAAGACCAUUAAAAAAGCUCUUUUAUGUUGCUUGAACUUUCAGCUAGUAGUACAAAUAAGCAGACGUGAUCGGAUAGUCACUGCUUGCACUUGGUAAGACUUCCAAAUGCCAUGUUUUUAAUGAUAAAGAGGAUAUGGAAAAAACUCUAUGCAAGCUGACUUACUGAUUCAAUUUUUGUCUUUGAAUGUAUGUGUUCGCACAUGCCUCACUACCAAACCUCAUCAUUUAAUUGUAUUUGAAAAAGUGAAUGUAUUAAACUUUUACUGUCAUUUAUAAAAA